AUUGAUCAUGGGGUUUUUUUCAAUGUUUCAAACUGUUUCCGAUAGUUUUCCAUUGGAAAUGAGUGUUUUGAUCCCGUCAAAUGGACAUUAACCACAGAUAAUAGCUCCUGUUGUGUGGUUUUCCUUGUUCUCGACAACUUUGUUUUGGUUGAAAACAUUGAUGCGAACUUUUGGCGGCGGGUGUUUUGACGUGUAGGGAAUAAAAAUGUUGGGGGGUUUCAUAAACAGAUGUCUUCUGUUGCUUCUUGGGUAUGCAUAUCCUGCAUUUGAGUGUUACAAAACCGUGGAGAAGAACAGGGUGGAGAUCGCAGAACUCCGUUUUUGGUGUCAAUAUUGGAUUCUUAUGGCAAUGCUUACGGUUCUUGAGAGGAUCGUGGACAUAUUCAUGAGAUGGUUUCCAUUGUAUGGUGAGAUGAAGCUGGCACUUGUUAUCUAUCUAUGGCAUCCAAAGACAAAGGGAACUGGUUAUGUGUAUGAGACCCUGUUCCGGCCGUAUAUAGCAAAGUACGAAACAGACAUCGACAGGAAAUUGCUGGAGUGGAGAAUACGAGCGUGGGAUUUGGCCAUUUUCCACUGGCAAAACUGCUUGCAAUUAGGGCAGUCGGCAUUCUUCCAGGUGCUGCAGUACUUGACUGGUCAGUCCGGAAGGUUCAACAACACUAGAAAUGAGAGGGCCGAGAGUCAUGGUACGGGAACUUCCCAGCCUAACCCAAAUGGUGCACCCAACAGGCAAGCCAGUCGGUCAGGCAAGAUCAAGAAGUGGCCUCCGAGUCCGACAGAGUCGACACAGCCCGGUGGCACAAUCAACCGGGUCAUUGUCGAGCGAACCAAAUCCAAUGUCGUAGAAGUUCAUCCGGACAACCAAGCAGAGCACUCGCACGCUGAAGACGCGUCCGACCCGGAAAACCACUCGAGCUCAAAGCCACACCAAGCUUUCCUAAAGUUUAGGCGCUCCAAAACACACAAUUGAGAAUUGUACAAAUACCUUAGGUUUUUGGUCGGUGAAGCUCAGAUUCCUGAAUGAUAUAUACCUUAAUUCUUUUCGGAGAAGUUGAAUAUUCAUUUAAUUCUUCUCCUCCGGUGAUAUAUGUACAUAUCCCCGUUCCUGUGGGGUUUUCGUU